AUGGGCAAGAAGCAGACUACGCCGCCCGGCGCGAAGAAUAAGAAGGCUGGACCUUUCAACUCGGCACCGGCAUCACCUCCCGUCUCCGACCCAACCACCCUCCCGGCUCCACUGGCUGCCCCGUCCACUCUCGGUGCCCUCAGUGACGAUAUCAUUUCUGUAAUUAUUGGAGUUAUUGGUUCUAUGGCCAGCGACCCGGAAGAGGAGCGGUACUAUCGACUCUCUUCUGACGGUGAAGAAUCGUCUGGAUAUGAUGAAAGCUUCCCUGCCCACAAUGUUUCGGAGCUUCCUUUACUCGCCCCAUCCUCCGUUGUUCUUGCGGAAGAAGGGGUACACAACGGAGGCCACGGCAGCGGCUCAGAUGGCACGGCUUCAACCAAGAAAUUCCUCUCAGCAACCGUCCCCGCCGAUGCCACGCCGUCCGGUGUAACAUUGUCUGUUCCUACUGACGAUGGUACCGCUUCAGACGCUGGCCGCCCGGCGACACAAGAAGAGCAUCGUCCUACCCCAGCGUCCGCUGCGCAAGAGCCUAACGAGACAGCACAGGAACCCACUGUCGUCGUAGACGGAAACGUCAAGCAAGAUCUGGUGCGCCUUCUCGCAGAGUCCUGCGACGUCUUCAACAACAGUAAGGAGCUCCGAGCCGGUCUCGCCGACGAGAUCAACGACUGCCUCGCGAAGCUCACCGACACUCAAACCCUGGUCUCGUACCUCCUCGCGGACCCACCGCCGCGCCCAGACUCUGAGGGCCUCAUGGACCGUGUCGACGAAGUGAUGAACCGUGUCCCGCCGUUCAUCUGGUACCUCGUUGAUCAUAUCACCGAAGCCUCUCCCGAGUGCAAGAUCGACAGCAUCACCCAGGUCCUAUACUCGUACGUCCUCACUCCGGAAGAGCUGUGCUGGGUUCAGGUCCAGGCUACGAUCGCCAGGCUGGAGGCUGUCAAACCGCAUGGGCGCGCGGGAAAGCGCUCAAAGCGCGGCGUACGAGGUGGGACCAUUGAAGAUCCUCCGUCGCUGGAAGAGCGGGUUGUCGAUCCGGAAAGCGCGGAGGUCGUUCCGCCGGAGGAUUCCGCUCCCGCAGACACCAUUUCAGCCCGUCCGAAGCAGAGGGGCCGUCGGAUCCGAGUUCUUCUGCUUGUCGAGAACAAGCGCACCGGAAACCCCAUUCCUCAGCUCUUGGACUACGGUGAUGAGUUCCCCGACGACAUCAACAUUGUUUUCGUUGGGGUCAGGAUUUCCGAUAACGGUGAAGGUCUCCAGGCCAUAUUUCUGCGUCGCGAGUACGACGAUGAAGGGGGUUUAGAAAUGGUGGUAAUCCGCGAAGAUGGCCAGAAGGAGGUUUUGUCAGAGACGACCGAGGGUGCCUACGUCCCUGUCCAUAGUCGUUUCUUCAUCCAGAUGCUCUUGGACGUUCUAGACCUUCAUCACAGCCACGCGCAGACCCCCAACUAA